AGAGGGUCCUGGAUGUCCUAGGACUAAGGAUGUUGGCAGACUUCCAGAAGGGCCCCCCAAGGCCCUAACCUUCCCAGCCAAAGCAUUCAUCUUAACCAAGCCCCCAUUCCAAGCCUCUAAUGACAGGAAACGAGUACGAAUUUCUCUCGACAAUGUGCUUCUGAGAGUUCUGCUAGGGAACGAUGGGAAGUCAGCCCAGCAGAGGGAAAACCCUGCCAAGCCCAAGCCCAAGCCCCUCUCUCCAAGACCAGCAUCCUGUACCCAUGCAACCAGAGAAGAGCAGGGCCACAGCCGUGGCCCUGGGCAACUUCCCAGUAGGCGAGCAGGCAGAGCUGUCACUGCGGCUGGGGGAGCCACUGACCAUCGUCGCUGAGAACGGAGACUGGUGGACGGUGCUGUCAGAGGUCUCAGGCAGAGAGUGCAGUGUCCCGAGCGUCCAUGUGGCCAAAAUCUCCCAUGGGUGGCUGUACGAGGGCCUGAGCCGGGAGAAAGCUGAGGAACUGCUGUUGCUGCCUGGAAACCCUGGAGGGGCCUUCCUCAUUCGGGAGAGCCAGACCAGGAGAGGCUGUUACUCCCUGUCAGUCCGCCUCAGCCGCCCUACAUCCUGGGACCGGAUCAAACACUACAGGAUCCAGCGCCUUGACAAUGGCUGGCUGUACAUCUCACCGCGCCUCACCUUCCCAUCACUGCAGGCCCUGGUGGACCAUUACUCUGAGCUGGCGGAUGACAUCUGCUGCCUCCUCAAGCAGCCCUGCGCUCUGCGGAGAACUGCCCCAAUCCCUGGCAAGGACAUACCCCUACCUGUGACUGUGCAGACGGAGCCCCUCAACUGGAAAGAAUUGGACAGCUCCCUCCUGUUCUCUGAAGCUUCUGCCACAGGGGAGGCGUCCCUGCUCAGCGAGGGGCUCCGGGAGGCCCUCAGCUCCUACAUCAGCCUGACCGAUGACAUCUUGGAGGAUGCCAAACCCCAAAGCAGAGGCCGAAAGGGGAAAGAACGCUACAGCACCUAGGACCCCAACACAGCUCAGCCUGAGCACCCAGAGGCAAGGCUGUGCACUGCUGGGGAGGGAGGGACACAGAGGCACAGUCAGGGUCCCCCCUGUAUCCUCUGUUCCUUCCUCUCAGCCCUAAGAACUCACAGCCUUCUCCCAGUGCCAUGACCCUGCCAGCAACCUCAGGUUCACACACACCGAUGAGGGCCGGGCCAGGGCUCCAAAGAGACUGAACUCCCUCUGUGGCCUGGUGUCAGUGCCCAUGUUUGAGUAUUCCAGCACAUCUUCCUCCCCUACCAAUAGAGUCCCAUUCAAACCCCCUGCCUGCUAAACAGUCCCACCCAGAAGGUAGAAACUACCACUAGCAUCAAGAAGAAAAAAGUCCAAAUUUACAAGGGGCGGGAAAGCAGAGGAGACAGAUGGCUCACCAGAGCAGCAGAACCUGGGCUGUCCAGCCGCCCCAACCCCAAAACAAAAAGCAGGACCCCUGACAGUCUGGGUCCUCGAAUGUCCCCAUCAAGUCCCUUCUCUGGACCACCAUAGUUCUCAGCUCUCUACUUCCUUUUGCAGUUUGUCCUUUGGACCUGGCCAAGCCUUACCAACAUUGCCAUCUGGUGGCCAAAUGCAAAAUGACACCUUCUGAGCCUAGCACACUGUGAUGAGGUCAGUUCCGCGUGGCCCUUGUGCUGAGCAGGAGCACUAGGGUGUUGGAAGGUGUUAGCCCUCUGUCUCCAAAGCCAAGGCCUCAGCAUAAACCCAUAAAGGGAGAGAGGCCGGAUGAAGCUGCUAAGGGAGCAGGGAGAGGAAGAGGGAUAGGGAUGGGAGGGCAGCGCCUCUAGUGUUCCUAUGCGGCUCUCGGGUUAGAGGUGAGGUGAGAAAGGCUUUACCAGGUACCAUCAACAGGUUGUCGAUUAAAGAUCUGAUUUAUUCAAGUA